CGACAUUUAUGGGGAAGCGAAAAUAAAAAAUGUUCUUUUGACUCAUCUUCCACGCCGUGGUCCUGCCUUUGUAGUCAGCGUGUCUUUCUAACAACCGUAGCGUUAGUGUUAGCAAGGCUGCUAGCUGUCGUCCAGUUCGACAGAUGCUAACUGUGUCUCUUUGUAAUGGCAAUUGUUCUGCGAAGGCCAUAGUGAGACGGGGACGCCUGAUACUAUUAUUUACUGACAUUUUCUCGUAGUGAUCUUUUUCCUGCAUCAUGGAUACUUAAACACCCUUAAAGGGGAUGCCCGGGUGGGGGGUGGGGCGGGAGAUGUUUGAGAUGUGACGUGUGUGUGUUUGGGUUAUUGUUUAGGUUUUUUUUUUUUUUUUUUUCCAUCUAGCUUUUAUGUUUUAUAUGGACUUAGGUCUGUGUUAGAAUCUGCAGCUUCCUCCCACUCGCUAAAAAUAUGUUCAGUUUCUUAACCAUUCUGCAAGCGCCCCCAAAAGGCCACCAAAAAUGUCAGCUGUGGGCCGAGUUGUAAUACACUUUUCCACCACUUGUGGCAGUAAUGACAAUAUCAACCAAACAGAAGUCUGGAGCUAAAGUCAUUGAGAAGUUUCUUAGGCGCAAAAAUUAUGAAUAAAUUGGUGCACAUGCAUUUUAUUGGCCGUUUUUGUAAAAAUAUGCAUUUUAUUUAUUUAUUUUAUCUCAACAUACUUUUAUGUAAAUAUAUUUUUAUUCAGUUAUUUAUUAGUCCCUAUCUACACAGUGCUUAUUUUCCCAAGCCUAUGGGUUACAUGUUAAAUUUGCCAGCUAUUUUUUUUUCGGAUCAUGGCACAUUCUAAAAAUGCCAUUACUAACAAAAGAAAACAUAAAAAGUGGAAUAAAAAAGCCUGGUUACCAGGUGACCAGUCCCACCUAUCACCCUCAAAAGUCAGCUGGGAUAGGCACCAGCUCAGCGAAUGUGGACGAGUGCUACAGAAAAUGGAUGGAUGUGGCAGGUUUGCAAUCAUAUUUGUUAAUGAUCCAGGCUGAAUUGAUUUCGAAUGUAGCACAUUAAAGGGGAACUGCACUUUUUUCGUUCACAAUCAUUAUGAGAGACAUGAACAAACAUAUCUUUUUUGGGGGGGCGGAUGAAGAAAAAACGCUCAGAAGAUGCGGCUAAUGUAGCCUCCCAAGCCUUUAAAUCAACUUCAAAACCCUCCAAUGUUUUAUUUACACAUUGCAAGUAUACCCCUUCAAAACAAUAUGUAAUAUGUUUUAUAUAUAUAAUUUAUCAACAGACACCUUCAUGACAAUAUAUAUAAUAUGUGCAAAAUACACACUCAGUAUAUAUACAAUGUAGUAACACACACCUUCAUAACAAUAUGUAAUACAAUAUUUACCCAUUUUAGUCAUUGCCGGAACUAAUUCCUCGGCGCAUUGAUUUCUGUUUCCACAGCAGCACACUUCUGACUUCUGGCAACAAAUUUGUGUUCCUACUUUCAGAAACAAACGUCUGUUUUCUCUAAUCACGGCAGACUUUGUAAUGGACAAAUGAGGACUCACAACCUUAUCUUUUUGAGGCUGAAGGUACUGAGGAUGAGCUAGUGCUUCUAGAAGUGAGCAAGAAGGAAGAGUGAGACGUCAGAGCGGAUGAAAGCCGAGAGAGUGAGGUGAACGUGACCCGAACCUGCAAAAUGCAGAAUUUGAAGCCAUGCCGUUUCGACAUGAAUGGAGUGCUUGCCCAAAUAAACCGGAAAAAAUAUAUCUAGCCAGCUACGCCAAAUGGAUAACUGCCCAUCGUGUGAGUCGCACUUUAUUAUUGAUAAUGAUAUACGCAGCAGGUCAUGCGUAUUAUUACAUGAAAUAAUACUUUACGGAUAUUGUAAUAUGACUUUUCAUGUUUUUUCCACUCAGUACAGAUUGGUAUUGUGCAUUACAAACUCAAAGGCGUUUUGUAAUGACGCCGUUGCUCGCUUAUCUCUUUCCGUAGUUAGCUUUUACGGCUAAUACCGUAGCAUAUCGAUAGGUUACUACGCUAGAAAAAGAGUUCCUCAGUGUUCUCUCUUACAAUAACAAUGUCGCUACAGUUCUGUUAUUAUACAGGUUACAGAACGUAAAUGACGCUAUUUGAAUGCAUUUUAAAGUGAUUAAAGUGAUUUAUUUACUCCUAUUAGCUGCAUUGCUCGUCACCAAGAACAAGACAAUUUUUUCAUGUAAGAAUGCAAAAAAAUGAAAAACGUUUGUUUUCUUGUCUCUCAUAAUGAUUGUGAACAAUAGUCAAAAUUCCAAAAAAGAUGCCGUUCCCAUUUUAAAAGCUUUUUCAUCCCUUUUGAUUAGUUUUAGUUUCACUUUGACUGUGUUCUAAUCUGCUUGGUGGGUGAGAGCGUGAAACAUCUCAAACAUCUCCCCCCCCCCCGCCCGGUGGGCAUCUCCUCCCCCCCCCAAACAAAUGGAGACUCUUGUUCAGCUGAAAAACAACCCGUUCCUGAUUGGUCUGUGCCGUAACGGCCCCCCGCUUGACCUGCAGUACGACAACUCUUCGGAGCUUUUCCGCAUCUCCACCUUCGCCCGUUUCCCGGCGAGCGCCGUCACGGAGCGCAGCCUGGCCCGAGCCGGCUGGUUCUACACGGGCGUGGGCGACCGCGUGCAGUGUUUCCGCUGCAACGUGACGGCCGAGGGCUGGCUGGCCGGCGACUGUCCCAUCGAGAAACACCGCCAGCUGUCGCCUUCCUGCUCCUUCGUCCAGAGCCUCCCGUCCACCGCCAACCUGCUGUCCUCCUCGCACUCCGCCUUCUCCCCGCUACGCGUCGCCCCCGCCGUCCCGAUUCCUGGUCCAGGCUCGGCUGCUCCGAACCCCGGAGUCGCAGGUCAAGGGGAGGAGCCAGCGGCCUAUCUGAACAUGAGCUUCUCAGCCCCGCCCCCGUCCAGUCCGCUGAGCUCGCGUGGCGUGGAGGACAUGUCCCACCAAAGGCCCACCUGCCACAACCCCGCCAUGCGGCGCGAGCAGGACCGCCUGGACUCCUUCCACGGGUGGUCGCUGACCAUCAUCACGCCCGCCGAGCUCGCCAAGGCCGGCUUCUACUACCUAGGCCCGGGCGACCGCGUGGGCUGCUUCAGAUGCGGCGGACAGCUGAGUAACUGGGAGCCGGGUGACCGCGCCGCGUCCGAGCACCAGAAGCACUACCCCAACUGCCGCUUCGUGCGAGGCGACCGCGCCGACAAUGUGUCUCUGGCGGGGGCCCCCGCCUCCCAACUGGCCCUCAACAACGUGUCCAACCCCGCCAUGCAGCAGAACGAGGAGAGGCUGCUCACCUUCGUCAACUGGCCUGCUCGCAUCCCCGUCAGACCGGAGCAGCUGGCCAAGGCUGGCUUCUACUACGUCGGUCGCAAUGAUGACGUCAAGUGCUUCUGCUGCGAUGGAGGACUGCGCUGCUGGGAGUCUGGGGAUGAUCCCUGGGUGGAACACGCCAAAUGGUUCCCCAGGUGUGAGUAUUUGCUGCAGGAAAAAGGUCAGGAGUUUGUCCAGCAGAUCCAGGCUCGUUUCCCUCGACUGUUUGAGCAGCUGCUGACAAACGGAGACAGCAGCUCCAGAGAGUUUGUGGACCCGCCAGUGGUGCACCUGGGCCCGGGCGACGAGCGCUGCGAGGACGCCGUCAUGAUGAACACGCCCGUCAUCAAGUCUGCCCUGGAGAUGGGCUUCGAGCGCGGUCUGGUCAAGCAGACGGUCCAGGGCAAGAUCCUGACCAGCGGGGAGAACUACCGCACCGUCCAGGAGCUGGUCUGUGACUUGCUGAGUGCCGAGGACCAGAAGAGGGAGGAGGAGCGAGAGAUGCUGGCUGAGGCCAUGGCGUCAGACGGCUUCACCUUCGUCAAAAGACACCAGGCAGCUCUCGUCCAACGUCUGAAAAGUGUGGAGCCCGUUUUGGAACAUCUACGGGAACAAAAUGUGAUAAGUGCAGAUGAGUACAGUGGACUGCAGGCACAGACAUCAGCCCAGCAGCAGACCGCCAAGCUCAUAGAGUUGGUCCUCACCAAAGGCAACGCGGCGGCCGAAGUCUUCCGCAACUGGAUCCAGAAGAACGAUGUGCACCUGCUCAGAGACCUGAUGGCCCAGUCCAAUGAAGCGGCAUCACCCAGUCAGGACCUGUCAGGUCUCCCCAUGGAGGAGCAGCUGCGGCGCCUGCAGGAGGAGCGCACGUGCAAGGUGUGCAUGGACAAGGAGGUGAACAUCGUGUUCAUCCCCUGUGGUCACCUGGUGGUGUGCAAGGAGUGUGCACCCUCACUGCGCAAGUGUCCCAUCUGCAGAGGUCUGGUGAAAGGCACCGUCAGAACCUUCUUGUCCUAAACCCACAAGCUGUCUUGUUGUCAAGUUCCUGGCUGCUCGAAUAAAUUAGUCAACGUUG